UGAUAGUUCUUGGAGAGGCACCUCCCCCAGAACAUACAACAGACUUGCUUCUUCCUCUUAGUUCAGAGUUGAAGACAGAUCAUGGGACUGAUAAACUGAUUGAGUCUGUUUCUCAGCCAUUGGAAAGCCAUGGUGCCCCUACUGGACAUAUUUCAGAGAUGUCUACCAAAUCAUGUGGAACACUGAAACCUGUCAAUGGGGUUGUUAACACUCUUCAGCCUGUCCUGGCAGACCAUGUUUCAUGUGACAGUUAUGAUGCUGAGGAACAAUUACAUAAAAAACAACGACUGAAUCUAGUGUCUUCAUCAUCUGAUGGUACCUGUAUGGCAGCCCGAACACGUCCUGUACUGAGCUGUAAGAAAAGGAGGCUUGUUAGGCCCAACAGCAUUGUUCCUCUUUCCAGAAAGGCUCACCGGAAUAGUACAGUGCGCACUGGCUGUGAUGUGAAUCCCUUCUGUGCAUUGUGUGGUUCAGGCAGUGUCAGCACCAUGCCUCCUGAAGUCCACUAUGAAGCCCCACUGUUGGAACGUCUUUCCCAGUUGGACUCCUGCGUUCAUCCUGUGCUUGCAUUUCCAGAUGAUGUUCCCACAGGCUUGCACUUCCAGAGCAUGCUGAAAACUCAGUGGCAGAACAAGCCUUUUGACAAGAUUAGACCUCCCAAGAAGUAUUCACUUAAGCACAGAGCACCCAUGCCAGGCAGUCUGCCAGAUCCAACUCGUAAAGACAGGCACAAGUUGGUCAGCUCCUUCCUAACAACAGCCAAGCUGUCCCAUCACCAAACCCGGCUUGACAGGACCCACAGGCAGCACUUAGACGAUGUGGGGGCCGUGCCCAUGGUAGAGCGAGUGACAGCGCCAAAAGCAGAGCGCUUGCUCAAUCCACCAACACCUGUGCAUGACCCAAACCACAGCAAAAUGAGAUUGCGAGACCAUUCAUCUGAGAAAAGUGAAGUGUUGAAGCAUCACACAGACACAAGCAGUUCAGGCUACUUGGCGGCCACCCACCAUUCACCACAUAGUCCCUUGGUGCGACAGCUUUCCACCUCAUCAGACACAUCUGCACCUACCAGCUCUAGUUCACAGGCCACAGCCAGCACAUCUCAGCCAGUAAGGAGGAGAAGGGGAGAGAGCUCAUUUGAUAUUAACAACAUUGUCAUCCCUAUGUCUGUUGCUGCAACAACCCGUGUAGAGAAACUACAAUAUAAGGAAAUCCUUACUCCCAGCUGGCGGGAAGUUGAUCUUCAGUCUCUGAAGGGGAAUCCUGAUGAGGAGAAUGAGGAGAUUGAAGACCUGUCCGAUGCUGCCUUUGCAGCUCUACAUGCCAAAUGUGAGGAGAUGGAGAGGGCACGAUGGCUGUGGACCACAAGUGUGCCACCCCAGCGACGGGGCAGCAGGUCUUAUAGGUCAUCAGACGGCCGGACCACCCCCCAGCUGGGCAGUGCCAACCCCUCCACCCCACAGCCCGCCUCCCCUGAUGUCAGUAGUGGCCACUCUCUAUCAGAAUUCUCCCAUGGUCAGUCCCCUAGGAGCCCCAUUAGCCCAGAACUGCACUCGGCACCCCUCACCCCUAUAGCUCGGGACGCUUUGAGACACUUAACCAGUGAAGACACCCGUUGUUCCACACCAGAAUUGGGGCUGGAUGAACAGUCUGUCCAGCCAUGGGAGCGACGGACCUUCCCCCUGGCGUACAGUCCCCAUGCAGAAUGUGAGGACCAGCUCGAUGCACAGGAACGGGCAGCCCGUUGCACUCGUCGCUCCUCAGGCAGCAAGACUGGCCGGGAGAUGGAGGUGGCACCCACCUCGCCUCCCAUUGUUCCCCUCAAGAGUCGGCAUCUAACAACAACAGUCACAGCCCAGCGCCCAACUCACAGAUGAGCGGGAGAUGAGAAUCUAAACAGACUCACUACUAUUGGCAUUAAAGCUUCAGAAAUCUCUGCGUUUGAUAUUCAAACAUCAUAUGCCGGAAAUUUUCACAGUUUUUAGUGAAUUUAAGGAACUUAGGCCCUCCUUUGGUUUUUUUGUUUUUCUUGUUUUGAUUUUUGCUUUGUUUGUUUUCAUGUUUUCUUAUCACACACCUGAGCACUUCCUCCAGUUGGCAGAAGUUCAGGAUAAGACCCUGUAGGCCUGGUCCUGGCACAUCUGUGCACUGUUGAAUCACUGGACUUCCCAAUGUUAGAUGAUUAUCCUCUCCCUUAAAUCUGUGGGCUGGGUGGACUGGCCAAAUAGGCAGCAUGGAAAGCUUCAGUUGAGCAAAGGACAGGAUGGAGCAAGGGCGCUUGGAGCUCCUACCCUCCCCCGCCAUCCAUGGCUUUGGCCUCAGCUCUGGCUGGAUCCUCCAUGGUCUGUGUUGAAGCCGCCCACAGGACCUCUUUGCCAUAAUUACCAGUUGUUCUUAUGGGGCUCUGAGCUGGCAGAAAGGCUUCCCCUUGUCACCUAGACCUUGACAUAUUUUCCCUUUCAUCUACAUUUGGUCAUCUCUGUCUUGACUCACUGCAGUAACCUGCAGCUGCUCAGGUUCCCCCAUCCUGCUCCCUCCUUUCCUUCCCUUACUGCUCCCUCAUGUCACGUGUGUG